UCGGAUUGACAGAAGCCUGCACGUCUCCGUCUCCGUCAAUUUCCGUCGUUUUGACAGUUUGUUUGGUCCGCUGGUCGCGUUUUUCCAAACCCAAACAACUUCCUUGCUUUGCUUCCGUAGAGAAUCAUAAACCGAACUGAAUUCAGAAUAGAAUAAAAAUGUAACCAAAAGUCAAGCUACAUUACAUAAAACUGUUUAGUCAAAUUGUGUGUUUUAUUUGCAGAGUUCAGAUAAAUUUAGUAUUAAACCAUGACUCCGAAAGGUUCUUUCGAAAACCAAUAUGAAGAUUAUUCAGCAGAGGUUGCAUCUAAUAUCAUAAAUGAAUCUCGAGAUGGGAUAUCAGAAAAGUUUCAAACAAAAUUGCAAAAAUUUAAAACUGAGAAAUUACAAUAUCUAAAGGUUGAAAUGGCUCGUGAUAUAUUCCAUGAUGGUACAGUUUACACUGGAUCAGCGGGCCUAGCAUUAUUUUACUUAAUGUACUCUGUAAGAAAUGAUUUCAAUCAUGAAAUGCUUCAGGCUGCAUUGGAUUAUAUAGACAUUGACAAACUGAAAGGCCGUAAAAUUAGCUUCUUGUGUGGAGAUGCUGGACCACUUGCUAUUGCUGCUGUGAUUUCAUACAAACUUGGCGCUAAACAUAUUGAGCACAAGCUACCUGACUAUAACACUUUAGCACUUAGACUAAUGUCUCUAAUUUCUUUGAUAAAUGAAUCACCUGAUGAGCUUUUAUAUGGAAAAUCUGGAUAUUUAUAUGCACUAUUAUUUGUGAACAAACAUAUUUCUGUAAAGGAGAUAAUACCUGCGAAUCAUAUAAUAAAGGUUAUUGAUAGCAUACUUAUGGCCGGAAAGUGUUAUUCCAUAGCAACAAAAUCUAAGAGCCCCUUGUUAUGGAACUGGCAUGAUAAAGUGUAUUUUGGAGCAGCUCAUGGUAUGGCCGGGAUACUGUACAUGUUGUUACAGGCCCGAUCAUAUAUUAACAUAAAAGAAAUACGGAAUUACAUUAAACCAACAUUAGACUGGUUAAUGAAUCAGCGCUUUCAAAGUGGCAACUUCCCGUCGUCCUUGGGCAGUACGUCGGGAGAUAAACUAGUACAAUGGUGUCAUGGCGCUCCAGGAUUUGUGGCUUUGUGCAUUUUAGCUCACCAUGUAAAAAUAAGAAUUGUUUUUGAUGAAGAAAAAUAUAUGAAAAUAGCUCAGCAGUGUGGAGAUGUUGUAUGGCAAAGAGGCUUAAGCACAAAGGGAUACAGUAUAUGUCAUGGUGUGAGUGGAAAUGCAUAUGCAUUCCUACAACUAUACCAGGCUACAAUGAAACCUGAAUAUCUCCACCGAGCCUGUUGCUUUAUGGAAUGGUGUGCUGUGGCACGCUUAGGCACAGAACUGCAUCACCCGGAUAGACCAGCGUCAUUGUUUGAAGGAUUAAUAGGGCGGCUUUAUUUAGCUGAAGAAAUGUCUCACGUUUUAGAAGCAAAGUUCCCAGCAUUUACUUUGUAGAGUAAAUUCUAUUUAAUUAAAUAAUAAUAUCUCAUUGUAAAAAUA